AUGUCGUUGAACAAACAAGUCCCCUUCCCCGCUGACUUAGACUUGAAGCGCCAGUCCAUAGAAGUCCCAGGGACGAAGAGGCCUGGACAAACUGGGCAUUACCGCAACGGCUGUUGGGGCCUACUCCCCCUCGGGUGCGAGCCCAACCGCCUGAACACACUCCUCGAUAUCUACGAGACCGGUUAUGCUCUCUCCAAGGACCAGCCCUUCCUCGGGUACCGGCCCAAGCUCGCUGAGGAUCAGCUCGCAAAUCACUUUGUCUGGCAGACGUAUGCCGAGGUAGACGUAAGACGGCGGGCCAUAGGAAGUGCGCUCCAUGCCCUGUUUCAGAGCGGGGUUCUGGGCGGCGGGGAAAUGGAUACGGUCGGCAUUUGGAGUCAAAACAGACCUGAAUGGCAAAUCAUUGACCUCGCGCUUCAUGCUUACAAGAAAAUAGGGGUCAGUCUGUAUGACACACUGGGGCGGGAUUCUGUGGGAUAUAUCAUCCGGCAUGCCCAUCUCACCGUCGUGUUUGCGACAUGGCAGCAUAUACCCACCCUCCUGAAACUUGCCCCUAGCCUUGGCAUCUUAAAGCUGAUUGUAUGCAUUGAUGACAUACCACCGAAGGCAAAAUUUGUGGUCUCUUCCUGGGCAGAGCUACAGAAGGUGCAGGUGAAAGAACUGCGUGAACUUGAAGCCGAGGGUAAGGCGAGCCCUGUCGAACCUUUCAAGGUCACUCCCAAUGAUGUCGCUUCAUUAUGUUAUACCUCUGGCACAACCAGUACUCCCAAGGGUGUUGUUCUGACUCACGGAAACUUGACGAGUGCCGUGGACUCGUGCUUACACGGCACAGGCUUCGAUAACCGUGGCGUACUACUGUCCUAUCUCCCUCUCGCUCACAUAUAUGAGAGAAUUGCAGAAUUGCUUAUCAUCAGCAUCGGUGGUAGCGUAGGAUACUUCAGUGGAGACCCCUUGAAAUUACUGGAAGAUGCGCAAAUUCUCAAACCCAACUACUUCCCCUCUGUACCUCGAGUAUUGAACCGUGUCUACCAGUCGGCUAUGGUGGCUGGAAAUGCUCCAGGAUUGAAGGGGAAGAUAUUCGCCAAGGCUCUUGAGUCAAAAUUGCAAAGGCUGCGAACCACUGGUAUCAAUACCCACGCGCUAUGGGACAGACUGGUGUUCAGAAAGAUCGGCGCUGUGCUUGGCGGCAACCUGAAAAUGGUUACCUGCGGCUCUGCACCUAUUGCCCCUGACGUGAUGGAUUUCCUGAAGAUUGCGCUUGCGUGUGACGUUGUCGAAGGUUACGGCAUGACAGAGAAUGGCGCUACUUGUAGCCGUGUCUGGCCAAAUGAUCCUACUUCGAGUGGGACGGUUGGUCCUCCCCAACCUUGCAACGAAGUCAAGCUUGUCGAUGUGCCUGCCAUGGGCUACACCUCAGAGGACAAGCCAUUCCCCCGAGGCGAAUUGUGUGUGCGGGGACCGAACUGCUUCAGCGGCUACUAUAAGGAUGAUAAGAAUACGAAAGAGACUCUCGAUGACGAGGGUUGGCUGCACACUGGCGACGUUGCCGCUAUCGACGACUGCGGUCGAAUUAAAUUGAUCGACCGUGUCAAGAACAUCAUGAAACUUGCCCAAGGAGAAUACGUGGCUCUUGAAAAGAUUGAGAAUCUUUACAGCGCCUGCCCACUCGUUGCUCAAGUAUACGUGCAUGGCGAUUCAUUGCAAUCGUUCUUGAUCGGCGUGGUCGUGCCCGACCCAGUACAGCUUGCAUCCCUGGCGUCCGAUAUCACCGGCAAGAAGAUUUCUCCGGAGGAUCAGCUAGCGUUAGGCCUUGCUACUAGGGACGACAGGGUCGUGGACGCCAUUAUGAAGGCAUUGGACGUUGAAGCCCAGAGGAACGAUCUGAAAGGGUUUGAGACUCUCAAACGCAUACAUGUCACUCUGGACCCUUUCACCGUCGAAGAUGGUACAUUGACACCUACGUUUAAGAUCAAGCGCAAGGACGCCUAUAAGAAGUUCCAAGUUGAGCUCGACGCACUCUAUGCACUGGGAGAGCCUGCUUCAUCUCGGCCCUCGAAACUGUAGAGUCAGUGUGGCCUAUAUACCUCGGAAUUUGUUGCGCUCGACUAGCGUUCUAGACGGUACUUAUGGACCAUUACUAUAGUCACUUCGUGACGGAUUGUACUGUCGCUGUAAUAUAAUGCGGUGGUUUCUUAUACGCAGAAGAUAGUUGCUCGUGGUAGACUCUGCC